AUGAAGACAAAAAUUAAGCAAGAAGAAGAAGAACAUCCAAAUAUGUUUGCAGUAUGGAGCUAUGAUGGGAAAAUGGUUUAUGAAAAAAAUAUUGAAGCAACAGAGGAUUUUGAUGACAAACAUAUUAUUGGUGUAGGCAGCCAGGGAAUUGUUUAUAAAGCUAAGUUGCCUAGAGAUCAAAGAAACUUCAUCCACUCUCAGAAGAUAUUCUUGGAAGGUGGGAGCUUGGAAAAGAUACUAAACAAUGAUGAACUAGCACUGAAAUUUGAUUGGGAUAAGAGGGUAAAUGUUGUUAAAGGUGUGGCAAAUGCUCUGUCAUAUAUGCAUCAUGACUGCUCUAGUCCAAUAAUUCAUCGUGAUAAAUCAAGCAAGAAUGUUCUACUAGAUUCAGAAUAUGAAUCUCAUGUCUCUGACUUUGGCACAGCUAGGAUUAUGAGUUCUGACACAUCUUAUUCGACUUCGUUUGCUGGUACCUUUGGAUACUUCGCUCCAGUGGCAUUGUUUGCCUUCAAAAAGGCUUUAUGGAAAUUCGGUGCACUACACAAUGUGAUUUAUAGUUGUCAUAGUUUGAGCUAA